AUGGUAGGCACAUCCUAUCAAGCAGCCCAUGAAACCUCUGAAGAAGCUAUAGCCAAUGUUAUUGUUUCCGAGUUUAGUGGCCAACUGAAGGGAUGGUGGGAUAACUACCUUUUCGAUAACCAAAAACACUCAAUCUUUUCUGCCAUAAAAGUCAACGACCAGAACGAACCCAUCAUUGGUGACGACGGGGAACCUAUCCCCGAUACUGUCAAUACCUUAAUUUUUACCAUAGCAAGCCACUUCAUUGGUGAUCCAUCUCUUUGGAAAGACCGUUCUGCGGAGCUGCUUUCCAAUCUCAGAUGCAAAACUUUGUCUGACUUUCGAUGGUAUAAAGAUACCUUUCUUACUAGGGUUUAUACCAGAGAAGACAGUCAACAACCUUUUUGGAAAGAAAAAUUCCUUGCUGGACUUCCCAAAUCCCUUGGAGAUAAAGUAAGGGACAAAAUUCGUAGCUUAACCCCAGACGGGAUAAUACCCUAUGAUGAGUUAAGUUAUGGACAACUCAUUUCUUUUAUCCAAAAGGUUGUCCUAAAGAUUUGUCAAGAUGAUAAAAUCCAAAGGCAACUUGCUCGUGAGAAAACUCAAAAUCGUAUCGAUUUGGGAACUUUCUGUGAACAAUUUGGUCUUCCUGCUUGUCAUCCAAGGAAAUCUAAAAGACCUUCCAACCGAAAAGUUUUUAAACCUAACCCUGAAAAGAAUUUUAGAAGAUUCAAAAAGGGUUUUCAAAAACCUAAAAAUGAAACAGGUUUCCAAAAGAAUUUCCAAAAGUAUCCCCAGAAAAACCCCAUUAUUUGUUACACAUGUAAAAAACCAGGACAUGUUAGCAAAUAUUGUCGGUUAAAAGGAAAGAUUAAUAAUCUGAACCUUGAUCCUCAGAUUGAGGAACAGAUUAAUAAUCUUAUGAUUGAGAGUUCAGAUGAUAACUCUGGACCAGAAUCUUCUGAUGAUAAUAUCAACAAUAUUCAAGUUGAUGAUGUUGAGUCAUCCUCAGAUUCAGAUAUCAAGCAAAUUAAUGUUUUAUCCAAAGAUCAAGAUCUCUUAUUUGAUGCUAUCGAGGUGCAGAUUCAAACUGUAUUAGGGAAGGUCUAG